AUGGACCACGAUUCCGGGUAUGAUUACUCUAAACUCGAUAGGCUUUUGAAGGAAACUAAAGAGUGGCUUCUCCAACUGGAUAGCAGGAAAAGGUUGAAUGUCGUUCGGGAGAUUUUCAAGAACCCUCAUUACGAUGAGUCUGAUGUAUACAUCCUCUGUCUCAACGAGUAUCAAAUACCGUCUGAUCAUAAACCACCUGAGCCUAGAAACCCUUCCAAGAUUCGGUUCUUGAUGAGCGGAAGGCAACCCACCAAACCCGUUAGGGAGGAUGAAAACGCGGGCAAGAAAACUCAAAAAACAGGUCGAAAAAGGCCACGGGGCAGUAGUGAUUGUGAGUUUGGUGAUGAAGAAGAAAAGUACAGAGCGAUCAAGAAGAGGGCGAACAUGAAGAAGGUGAACAACUUGGUUCGAAAAAGGAAGGUUGUUUUACAGGAAAUCACACCAGACCUGCCUGAUGAAUUCAAGGAAAGAAUCCGAAAUCUUGGGGGAGCCAAAGCUACUUUGGUAAUUCAAAAGGUACUCGAAGGCACGGACGUGAGCGCUCGCCAUGGGCGCCUCUCUCUCCCGCGAGGUAAACUCGUAGACAAGGAGUUUCCAAGUGGGGAAGGGAUCAAUGGGAAGGAUGUUGCGGAGAUAGAAGCGCAGCUUAUUGCAGAGAACGGAAAGGAACACGAGAUCAAUAUAAGGCAGUGGAACAUGAAGAACAGAAUAUAUAAUGUGGUGAAAGGGUGGAAUGAGGUUGUGAAAGAACACAAACUGUGCAAGGAUUUGCUAGUCCAACUUUGGUCAUUUAGAGUAGAGGGAAACCUCUGGUUUGCACUUGUUAAACUCUGGAAGGUAAAGGAACAAGAUUGAUUAGUUCUCCUGCUGUAAGUAUUGGGAGAAUCAUAGGGAAAAUCUUCAGCCUUUGGAUUUUUGUCCAGUUCUUAUUUAGCAGCACAAGGGGGUGUGUCCCCUUUCAGUGUUUUGUUAAAUACUGCAUAU